AAUGUUUCUGCCAAUGUUAUAUCGAAGGCCAGCUAUGAUGACCAUGGCGUUUUGCGCAUUUUCACAUUUGCUGCAUGCUUUUUGUGACAGUUAAUGGCCACUCUAAAAGCAUCAAACAAAGAACAAUAAUUACCUCUUAUUAUGGGAAUUUGUUUGUGUCUUCAAAGGAGUCCGAAACAAUGUCAAAGCGACGGGGGGUCGCAUUAUUACCUAGGUUCGACUCCAACGACCGCAAACAAUGCGGCAAAGUACCUUUGUCACCAAACGCUUGAAGUUACGAAUAAUGGAACUGCUGUCGACAUUGCUCCAACAAACGUUAACCAAGUAACAUUGUACAACCUCGGUCCUAAAAAUUCACUUGCGGUCUCGAGGAAUGUUGUGACUGAUAUGCAUAUGUCUUGUGUAGCUGCUCAAAAUAAUGCAAUUACGUCAGCAAUAUCUACCGUGUCUCCGGGGGGGAAUGGGGUCCAAGCGAGACCUUUGGUACAGGUUCGCGCUCUUUAUUCGUAUCAGGGCCACAACCAAGAUGACCUCUCGUUUCAGAAAGGAGAUAUAAUGUUUGUUAUAUCUGGUAUGUCUGAUGCAUGGUGGUUUGCACGACAUUCCGACACUGGAAUGAGUGGUUACAUACCCAGUAACUACGUCUGUCUGAAUGAUGGACUUCCGACUAGCUUAGAUGCCUGGUAUGAUAUAGGUCGACGUGAAGCUGAUCGAAAACUUUUGUUAGUGGGGAACCCCAAAGGAACAUACCUUAUUAGACCUAGUUCAGAAACCCAGAAUUAUGCACUCUCUGUUCGACAUUAUGACUCCGAAAAAAAUAUGUGGGUUGUAAAACACUAUCGCAUUCGAAUCCUUGAUAAUAACGGUGGCUUCUUUAUUAGUAUUCGCACGACCUUCCCGAAUAUUCAGGACCUCAUAAAUUAUUAUACAGUACACCCAGAUGGUUUAUGCUGUCGAUUGUCUAUCCCAUGCCCACGUGCAUAUCGUCCACCUGUGCAAUUUCGUGAUUUUGAAAUUAAUCGUGAUAGCAUAACAAGAAUUCGAAAGUUGGGUCAAGGUACAUUUGGAGAAGUAUAUUUAGCUAAAUGGAAUGGUUCAGUCGAAGUAGCAGUUAAAAUGCGACUCGAUCCUACAGAUCGUAGUCGAUUUAUUGAAGAAGCACGCCUUAUGCAUGCUUUUCAUCAUCCACGUAUUGUUCAACUUUUGGGCGUAUGUACUGAACCGGAAGACCAACCAGUUUAUAUUAUUACUGAGUUAAUGCGUAAAGGAGCUUUAUAUGAUUUUUUACGUACAGAAGAAGGACAUAAAUUGACUUUGGAUGAUUUAAUUGAUAUAAUGGCACAGAUUGCUAGUGGUAUGUCGUAUUUGGAAGAAAUGAAUUCUGUUCACCGAGAUUUACGUGCAGCUAAUAUCUUAGUGGAUCAAGAUUACUCAGUUAAAGUGUCAGAUUUCGGACUGGCUAAAAUUAUUAGCGAUGAUUCUCAUGCCGAUCCAAAUACUAAAUUUCCUAUUAAGUGGACAGCUCCAGAGGCGGCUUUACAGCAUAUCUUUAGCAUAAAGUCUGAUGUAUGGUCGUUUGGUAUAUUGAUGUAUGAAAUAGUCACUUACGGUGGAACGCCUUAUCCAGGAAUGACUACUCGUCAGACAGUAGCUGAAGUUGAAAAAGGUUAUCGAUUACCUUGUCCUCAUACUCCUGAACAUCCUUGUCCUGAUGACUUAUACAAUCUUAUGCGAAAAUGCUGGGACGCUAGACCAGAGAAUCGUCCUACAUUUCGUUCUUUGUAUGAUGUUUUUGAAAACUGGUCUACGCACACAGAAGCUCAAUAUCUAGAUAAUUAGGAUCCAAUCUUCCUUUUUUCUUAAUAAUCAUUCCGAGUUCAUAUUAAUAUUUCACUACGUGUACAUUUCCGGUGAAGUAUUUUUCUUCCUGUGAAUUCUUGGUUUUUCUUUAUGUACAUACUAAAUAUUCACUUUUUAUGGCCAGACUGUUCAAGGCGUAUUUUACACGCAUCUCUUUAUUGUUUUAUUAGCUACCUCUCUUGUCAUUAAUUUCUGUUACCUUUGUGUUUUCUAUCAACUGUUUUCUGAUUUCAAAAAAUGGCACAGUAUCCUGUUAUCUACACAUAUAUCUUGCGCCAGUAAAUUUCUAUGUAAUACUGAUAUUUUGUGUCCCACAACUCUGUCUUACAUUUAUAUUUAUACCCAUCCAGUAUUUUAAAAGUUAUACUGCUUUUGCUUCCGUAGGCAAAGAAAAUAGCAAUCGCAAUUUUCCAAUUCGCAUAUAGAUUACUUUAUAGGCCUCUGCAUUUUCUCAAAAUCUCAUUUUAGCUAGGUUGUGUAUAUCAGUAACACUGCUAAUCGAUUUCGUUUUAUAUGUAUUGUAUAAUUGUUAUUCGGUUUUUGUAAAAUAUGUAUAUCCGCAUUUUUAAUGUAAUUUCUUUUUUCUAAUCCUCUCAAUAUGCUUUUUUUCUAGACUACCUUUAAAUAAUUACGCUACCAAAUUUUUUUGUUUUUGUGUGUACAAUAUGAAGUGUAAAGUUGGAGAACAAUUCCAGCACACAGCAAAGCUAAUUAUUAUAACAAUUUGCAUCCAGUAUACUUUAGUACUUUUCUUUUUCUAACGCCUAGUGUAUAUCUGAUGUAACCUGAAAAGUAUCACUAUUCUACUGGUGCAAACAUCUUAUAUAGAUAUAUAUACCUUUUUAGUUGGAAACAAACUAUUUAGUGUCAGUAUCACUCUACCGUCGUAGAAAUGCCUGUAAAUUCUGUGUGUUCCAAUCCACUUAGUACAAGCAGAAAACAUGUUCAUGCGAUUCUCUAUAUCUAUUUUUAUCGCCCUCUCUCUACCAGUUAAUAAUCGAAUAAAUUAAAGUUUGAUUCACUUUAUUUCACUUAGUGGCGUUUCUUUCUCAUAAGGGUGAUCUCACUACUGGUUGAAUUGGUUCCUGGAUGAGAUUCUUAAUGUCAGUAUGUGCGCAUUGUUCAAUCUGUAUUCAUUACUCUAAUUGUUAUAUAAAUUAUGAAACUAAAAGAUCCAACAUAUAACAUUUUCGCUUUUAUUCUUGUUUCAUGCAUCCUUUUCUGAUUCUGCCACUGUUUAUUGCCUAUGAAUUGAUCAAUGUAUUUCGAUUGCGUGUAUUAUUCUUUGUCUUUCCUUUUAUCCAACCGAAAUGCAAUUUUUGUGUAUAUGAUUUGCGUUAUCUGUUCACAACAAUUAUAAAUAAAAUAAAAUGUACUAAAUUCUAUUC